UGCAUCUCUGGUACCACCGGCGUUGGGGAGGGAGCUGCUUCCGCUUCCGCUGCCCUUGCUGCCGGCGGGAGGUGACGGGACCAAGAGCCGAGAUGUGGGGGAAACUCCUGGCUCUUCGCCAAAUUCCCCAGAGGACCAUAACCACUGCCUCACCCAGGCAGUUUGUAAAUAGAAUUGCUGAGAAGCAGAAGCAUUUCCAGGAAGAUAAUGGCAUCCCAGUGUAUCUUAAAGGUGGUCCAAUGGAUGGAGUGUUGUAUAGGGUCACCAUGGGUAUUUCACUUUUUGGAACAGCCUACGUUAUUUACGCUCUGCUUUCAGCUUCAAUGCCCAAGAAGCAGAAAUGAUUCCAGAUGAGGAUGCCUCAGUGACCAGCAUCUCUUCGUCCAAUUCCAUGUGACUAAGAUGGCAGCUUGUACUUGUUGUAAGCAGCUGGCUUAAUGCUUGGAAUCAUAAUUUAAUUGUAACAUGUUGACUGCAAUCAAUAAAGCAGUUCUUACGUUGU